UGGAAGUAGAUGCUAACUUUAAUCCGUUAAAGGUAUAACUUUUCUUGACUGCCAUGUCUUUGCAACCAAGCUCGAAAAUCAGCCAGUCAAUGUGAACCACUGCCCAAACCAGAACCUCUGCCAGAAAAUUCAUUUAAAACUAUCCCAGAAAAUUCAUUUAAAGCUCUCUGCGCACUGUGAAAGCGACACGGUAUAAGCAGCAAUCAGCAGAGACCUGGCGGUGGCGGUUGGGCCAUUUCCACUUUCUUUUUUUUUUCUGUUGGGUCAUUAAUGCCUGCCUCUUGCUAUUAAGAGUUUCAGAUAAGAUAACUGUUAGGCUGUUAGCUCGUCGCCAAAUAAGGAAAUUAAAAUCCUAGAAGAUUUUGUUUUCCAUUAUAAUGUACAGAGAGACAGAGUAUACAGUCAAAUAGUUCAUAAUUAUUUAUAUUAAUUAUUCUUGUUGGUUAGCUCUAGUUUUGGGUUAGGGGUAAACAGAAAACACCAGAAGCAACAACAUAGAAAGAAGAAUCAAAGCUCGUGAUUGGAGUGGCUGGAGAUACAGAUCAACACCAACACCGGUAGCUUCAGGAAGGAGAAGAAGAAGAUGGGCCACCAUAGACCAUGAUAAACAUCACCUCCAUAUUAUCACACUUCAUUAAGCCAUGGUAGACGCUGGACGAGUUCUGCUCCUUGUUCUAAUUCUGUUAUUGAUUCACUGUUCACUGGCCCAGCAUAGCUUCUUGAACUCCACCAGCGAACGUAUAGCUUUGCUUGAUCUCCGGUCAUCUUUAGGGCUCAGAAGCUCCGACUGGCCUAUAAAAUCCGACCCUUGUAAUAACUGGAAUGGAAUCCAGUGCAAGAAUGGCCGGGUCACCGGAAUAAAUAUAUCUGGUUUCAAACGGACCCACAUUGGGGGUUCAAAUCCCAGUUUCAGCGUCGAUUCCCUCGUUAAUUUGACGUUUCUGGAGUAUUUCAAUGCUUCUGGGUUCUCACUUCCCGGUUCGAUACCGUCCUGGUUCGGUUACGGGCUUGGUUCGCUGCAAGUACUCGAUCUCCGGUCUACUUCAAUGAGCGGUCCCCUUCCUGAUUCUCUCGGUAAUUUGACAAGACUCGAUGCUUUACAUCUAUCUGAUAAUAACCUUGCUGGUAGUAUACCCUCUGCAUUGGGCCAGUUAAUGCAAUUAUCAGUUCUUGACCUUUCGAGGAAUUUCCUCACUGGACAAAUACCUACUACUUUUGCAUUGCUUAGUAAUUUGUCAAGGCUUGACCUUUCUUCCAAUUACUUAACUGGGUCAAUUCCACCGGGUUUGGGUAACAUUGAUAGUCUGAAAUCCUUGAAUUUAUAUGACAAUAAUCUUGCAGCUUCAAUUCCUGUGGAACUGGGUAACCUUUCACAUUUGGUUGAACUUAAUCUUGCCAAAAACUCAUUGUCUGGGUCAUUGCCUGUAGAAUUAGCAGGGUUGAAGGACUUGGUACGGAUGGAAAUUGGGGAUAAUGGACUAGAGGGUUGGUUGCCAGAUGGUUUGUUUUCCAGUCUUAAAAAAUUGCAAGUUGUGGUGUUAAGUGGGAACAAAUUUGAUGGUGCUCUACCUGAGGCAUUGUUGUCAUUGCCGAGCUUGCGGGUUCUUGAUGUGUCUUACAACAACUUUACAGGUGUUAUAUCUACUUUCAGUUCAAAUGGUACUGCCAGUGAUGUCUUGUUCAAUCUUUCAAAUAAUCUUUUAUAUGGAACUCUGGCCUCUCCUUUUGGAAAUUUUAGUUUGAUCGAUCUUUCUGCAAAUUAUAUCCAAGGAGAAGUUCCUGAUGGUAGUCAAAGCAAUGUUAGCAUUGCCAGGAAUUGUCUUCAGGCUGUGUCGAAUCAGAGGAGUUUGCGAGAUUGUAAAUUAUUUUAUGCUGAGAGAGGAUUAAGUUUUGAUAAUUUUGGAACCCCUGAACCAACACAGCCCCCAUUGCCUGAAGCUGCUCUUAAAAAGAGAAGAAAACGAUGGAUUUACAUUUUGGUGGGAUUGUUUGGUGGACUUGGCUUCAUUGUGAUUUUGGUACUAGUUAUGAUAGUUGUGCUGCGGAGGUGUCAUAAUACCAUUGCAAACCAGAAAGGCAGUGCUAAUGUGGGGCCUGUUCCAGAAGGAGAUAGCCCGUCACUUCCCAACGAUCCUGUUAUUUUAUCUGGUUUUAGAGAUUCAUUUACUUAUGAACAAUUACUUUGUUCAACCAGUGAAUUUGAUGAUGCAAAUCUUAUCAAGUCUGGCCACUCUGGAGAUCUCUUUCGGGGUUUUCUAGAUGGAGGAAGCCCCGUAGUUGUAAAAAAGGUGAACUCCCAUUCUGUGAAGAAGGAAUCAUACAUGAUGGAAUUAGAACUAUUCAGCAAGUAUUCACAUACAAGAUUGGUCCCAUUCCUGGGGCAUUGUUCAGAGAAUGACAACGACAAGCUUCUGGUCUAUAAAUAUAUGCCAAAUGGAGACUUGGCUAGUUCCUUGUAUAGGGUAAGCGAUUUUGAGGAUGACAGUGUACAGUCCCUAGAUUGGAUUACAAGAUUAAAGAUUGCAAUAGGAGCUGCUGAAGGUCUUUCAUAUCUGCAUCAUGAAUGUAACCCUCCCCUUGUUCAUAGAGAUAUUCAAGCAAGCAGUAUCCUUCUGGAUGAUAAGUUUGAGGUGCGACUUGGAAGCCUGAGUGAGGUCUGUAUCCAGGAAGGGGAUUCACACAACAAUGUGCUCACAAGGUUCUUGCGGAAACCACAAUCCUCUGAACUAGGCCCUUCUGGUUCAUCAUCAGCGACUUGUGCUCAUGAUGUGUACUGUUUCGGAAAGGUCUUGCUCGAGCUCAUAACAGGGAAACUAGGCAUCAGUAAAUCGGAUGAUGCCACUACAAAGGAGUGGCUAGAACACACGCUGGGAUAUAUCAGUGUAUAUAACAAGGAACUGGUGACAAGGAUUAUUGACCCGUCUCUGGUCAUAGAUGAAGAUUUGUUGGAAGAAGUAUGGGCCAUGGCAAUUGUGGCCAGAUCAUGCCUUAAUCCCAAGCCUUCAAAACGUCCCCCAAUGAAAUAUAUACUCAAAGCAUUGGAAAACCCUUUGAAAGUUGCGAGGGAGGAGAAUUACAGUUCAGGGAGGCUGAGAACAACUUCAUCUAGGGGAUCCUGGAGUGCCGCCUUUUCUGGCGGUUGGCGACACAGCUCAUCAGAAAAUGCUAUUGUUCCAGGCCACGCUAACCGCGAAGGUGUAAGCGGCUUGAAGCAGCCAGGAAGAAUAGGAUCUCAUAGCAGUGGUGGAAUUGAACACACAUAUUCUAAUAAAAGGUUAUCCAAUGAAAUUUUCCCUGAGCCACAUGAAAUGCAAGAUGUAGAGCAGCUAGAUGAGCAUUAGUUAGCAUGGUGUUUUCAGAUGUUCAUUGAGUAUACUGUGGCCCUUGCAGUUGUGUGUUAAGAAUCAUAUUUGAUAGCUUCUCAUCGGGGAUUAAAGCAAUUGAUUGACAAGCUGAUUGGCCUGCCCGUGAAAGAUUUUUCUUUUUCUGACUGGCUAUGCUAUUGAGGCGUGACUGAGAAUUGAAAUAACACUGUUUCUGUUUGCUUGUACACAGACUCAUUCCUGGAAAUUUCAUAGAAAUGGACAUUUUUUUCA